AUGGAUCAGUCAAAGUUGGUUGAGCUGCUCCAGGCCUCAACUAUCCCCGACACCCAGAAGGUCAAGGCUGCCACGGCCGAGCUCAAGAAGAACUACUACCCUCGCCCCGAGGCUCUGUUGGGACUUCUGCAUGUCAUCAUCGCCCACGAUGACGCCACCGUGCGCCAGCUCGCCGCUGUCCAGGCUCUGCGUCUAGUGCCCAAGCACUGGAAGAAGGUGGCCGCCGACCAGAAGAACGGCGUGCGCAACGAGGUCGUUCAGGCCGUCGUGCGCGAGCAGCACCCCAAGGUUCGCCACGGCAUCUCGCGUGUCAUCGCCGGCAUCGCCGCCCUCGACUUCGAGGACAAGGAGUGGCCCGAACUGCUGCCCGCCGUCAUCCAGCUGACCACGGCCGACGAUGUCGCCCACCGUGAGAUCGGCUCCUACAUCAUCUUCAGCUUGCUCGAGGCCGACCCCACCACCUUUUCCGAGCACAUGUCCAAGAUGUUCGAGCUGUUCGGCAAGACCAUCCGCGACCCCCAGAGCCGCGACGUCCGCAUCAACACCAUGCUGUCCAUCAGCUCCAUGCUCCUCGUCAUCCAUGCCGACGAGGACGAGGACGCCGUCACCGCCGUCCAGGAGUUCAUCCCCGCCAUGGUCGACGUGCUGAAGGACACCAUCGACAACAACGACGAGGAGCGCACCCAGCAGGCCUUUGAGGUCUUCCAGUCCUUCCUCGGCUACGAGUCUGGCCUCAUCUCCAAGUACUUCAAGGACCUCGUCCACUUCAUGAUGGACCUGGCGGCCAAUACCAACGCCGACGACGACGUCAGAAACCAGGCCCUUGCCUUCCUGACCCAGUGCGCCCACUACCGCCGCAUGAAGCUCCAGGCCAUCCCCGACCUGGCCACCCAGAUCACUCGCAAGAGCUUGCUGAUCCUGGCCGAGCUCGAGGAGGACGACGAGGAGGAUGACAUGACCCCUCCACGCUCCGCCUUGGCCUUGAUCGAUCAGCUCUCCACCGAUCUACCCCCGAGACAGGUCGUCGUCCCCAUUCUUGACGACUUCAGGAAGCUUGCCGCUUCGCAGGAGGUCGGACACCGACGAGCCGCCGUCAUCGCCCUGGGUACCUGCGCCGAGGGAGCGCCGGACUUUGUGGCCACCCAGGUGGAGAGUCUGAUGCCUACCGUCCUCCAGCUGCUGAACGACGCCAACAGGGCCGUCCGUCACGAUGCUCUGGUCUGCCUCAUGCGUAUGGGUGAAGACUUGGCCGAGACCUUCAAGGCACACCACGAGACCAUCAUGACUGGCCUGGUCAAGAACUUGGAGGCCGCUUCCCAGGACGAGAACGACGAGAAGAAUGUCGAGAUCAUCCGCUCCGUGUGCGGCUCCAUCGACACUAUGGCUGAGGGCCUCGGUGCUGAAAUCAUGAACAAGUACGCCCAGGGUCUCAUCAGCCGUGUUGGUAGAUUCCUGAGCCACUCCGACGUCAAGGUCAAGUCGGCUGCGGCCGGCGCCAUUGGCGCCAUCGCUCUGACCAUCGAGGGCGACUUCAAGCCCUUCCUCAAGGAGACCAUGGAGGCCCUGUCCCCCUUCGUCGUUGCUGAAGAUGGCGAGGACGAGCUGCAGCUGCGAAGCUCUGUUUGCGACGCCAUGGGACGCAUUGCCGUCGGUGUCGGUGCCGAGGAUUUCCAGCCCUACGUCAUGCCCCUGCUGAUCUCGAGCGAGAAGGCCCUGGGUCUCGGUAACCCCAGACUGAGGGAGACCACUUUCAUCCUCUGGAGCUCCCUCUCCAAGGUGUACGAAGGCAACCUCGGCGACUCUCUGCAGGGUAUCUUCAAGGGCUUGUUCGACAGCAUCGAGCUCGAGGAAGAAGACCUGGAGAUCGACGAGGAGCUUGCCGGCUUGGUCGAAGGUGACAUUGUUACCGACGGCAAGAAGAUCAAGGUCAAGCCGGCCGAGGGAGAUUCUGACGAUGAGGAUGAAAUGGACGAUGAUGACGAUGAUGACUGGGAUGACAUUAUGGGCAUCUCCCAAGCCGCCAUGGAGAAGGAGGUCGCCGUCGAGGUUCUGGGUGAUGUUAUUACUCAUGCCAAGGAAAAGAGUGUGCCUUAUCUUGAGAAGGCCAUCGAGCUCAUCACGCCCCUGGUCGAGCACACAUACGAGGGUUGCCGUAAGGCUGCCAUCUCGACUCUUUGGCGCACCUACGCCUGCGUCUGGCAGAUCAUGGAGCAACAGACGGGUCAGAAGUGGCAACCCGGCCUGCCUACCAACUUCGAGACCCCUGCAAACCUUGCCAAGCUUGGUGAGGUCGUUUCCACCGCCACGAUGUCCUUGUGGCUAGAAGAGUCCGACCGGGAUGUUGUCACCGAGAUUAACCGCAAUGUUGCUGCCACAUUGAAGGCUUGCGGGCCGGCCAUUCUCAGCCAGAAGGGCUUGACCGAGCAGAGCAUCACCGUCCUGGGCACACUUAUCACCCGGUCCCACCCCUGCCAGCAGGAUAUGGGUGACGAGGAGGAGAACCAGACCGCCGAGGGCAGUUCCGAGUGGGACUGGCUUGUCGUUGACACGGCCCUCGAUGUCGUCAUCGGCUUGGCUGCAGCCUUUGGUGGCCAGUUCGCCGAAGUGUGGAAGAUCUUCGAGAAGCCCAUUGUCAAGUUGAUCAGCUCACAAGAGGCCACUGAGCGCUCGACCGCCGUUGGUGUCAUUGCUGAGUGCACGGCGUACAUGGGAAGUGCAGUCACCCCAUACACCAAGACUCUGCUGCCGCCGCUAUUGCACCGCCUUUCCGAUGAGGACAAGGAGACAAAGUCGAACGCUGCAUACGCUGUGGGCCAGCUGUGCUACCACUCCGACGACAGUGCCACCUAUCUCCCGGCCUAUGGCCAGAUCAUGGCCAAGCUGGAGCCCCUGCUGCAGAUCAGCGAGAGCAGACUGCAAGACAACGCUACUGGUUGCAUGAGCCGCUUGAUCCUUGCCCACCCGGACAAGGUCCCUCUGGCUCAAGUCCUCCCCGCCCUGGUCGACCUCCUCCCCCUGAAGGAAGACUACGAGGAGAACAAGCCGGUCUAUGAGUGUAUUGCUAAGCUCUAUGAGCUUCAAAACCCCACUAUCCAGGAGCUGACUCCUCGCCUGGUCCCCGUCUUCCAGAAGGUCCUCGCACCCCCUGAGGAGCAACUGGAGCCCGAAACCAGAGAGGGCCUGCAGAAUCUGGUGCGCAAGCUGGGUAUUGCGUAA